UGUAAUCCUCCAAAUGUUAUUUCCGGUGCUCGCAUAAGCGUUCGCCACACCCCACAAUUGCCUCUCCACAAUUUCAGCUUCCUCCUUACAACUAAGAACAUGGCGUCUAUAGCGAUGAUACCGUCCGCAGCAGGUAUCAAGAAGCUGGUGUGUCGAGUGUGUCAAAAGGGCUUCUCGAAAGCUGAACAUUUGAGGAGACAUGAGCGAUGCCAUACGGGUUCUAAACCAUAUGUCUGCAAGGAUUGUCGGAGGCCUUUUGCCCGGCAAGAUGCCCUUACUCGGCAUGAGAAGCUGCAUACUCGGCCUAUGAAUACAAAGGAUGACCCUUCGCCGCCACCAUUGUCUACUCAGCUGCAGCCGCCGUCAAUUGAUUCUCUUGCAUCUUGGGACACGAACAGCGCUUCUACUACUGAUCCUGCAUCAACCUCGGCGACCAGUCAGUCGUUGGACGAGGUCGCUUCGGGGCAUGACAUGAACAAUGUCGCAUCCGAGUUGGACUUCGCAUUGGUCUGGCCUGAUUCAGAGAAUUUGUUUCAGAGCUUGAUGUCCUCCAACACGACCGAUCAAUGGCAGAUGCCUCUUGGGACGUUGCCUUUCCCACCUGUAGUGCAGGAUAUCAAUGGAAUGAACUUUGGUUCUCCUAGUUCCUUUGAUGACAGGAGUUCUUCUGUUGGAGCAAUACCAUCCGGGGGUGGUCAUCAGGCAGUGCGAGAUGUUACUGAAAUGGUGACUAGUUCAUCAUCAAUCGUCACCGCCGCUGUCAAGGCUACAUCCAUCACCUCGGUCUUCCUCGACGAAUGCCUCCACAUGUUCUUCGUCCGGUUCAUUCCGACGUUUCCGAUCCUACACCGCGCUACAUUCGUAUUUCGAGAAUGUACUCAGGCACUUCUUCUCAACGCUAUCGCUAUCGGGUCUUUAUACCUCGGCCCCAAGGAUUCGGUAGCCAAGGGCGAGGCAUUGUGGCGUUUAGCACAUACUGCCGUUGCAACGUCUUGGCAGUCCCUCAUCACCCACAGCGGUCCCUAUGAUGCUUGCAAGGGCGUCCAGCUAAUGAUCACGGCUCUAUUGGGUCAGAUAUAUGGAGCGUUGUCCAAGAACCGGGCGAUCCGAACUACCAGCCAAGUCUUCCGCCCAUUGGGCUUCUUCUGGGCAAGACACUGCGGCAUGUACGACAGCCCGGCUUAUUCCAUGGACAACUUGCCCUCUGUGGAUGCUCCUAUGGCAGAAAAAGAGCAUCAGUGGCGGAUUUGGUCUGCCCGUGAGAUCCAACAACGCGCCCUGCUAGCCUACUAUGUGUUGGAUGGUCUCGUCGCUCAGAUGUCCGGCGACGGGGCUUCCGCUCGACAUGUGGCCAAUUCAUUGAGACUCCCCAGCAGCGAAGAAGCCUUCGAUGCAGCCACUGCCGAUGAAUGGCUGGCUCACCUACAUAGCCAAACACCGGACCAGACCUCGUUCAGAGUGAUCUUCCGCUCGUUGUUCCCACCAAUCGGCAGCUUCCGUCCAUUGGAUUACCAUUUCUCUGCCGUUGCGUUGCGAGUGGUUCUCGAAGGACUUCAGUCCCUAAUUUCGGACAGCGACGAUAGCGAACUGGCCGUUGGGGUACCCGGGCAAUCCGAUGUCCGGCGCGCCCUCGCUCAAGUCCACGAAACAAUCUCUAUGAGUAUCCACUUCACAGCCGCUGAGAGACUCGAGCUACUACUACGCUGGCAUACCGUCUGCCUUGACACGAUGAUCAAUUCAACCCUACUAUCCCGACACGUCUGCUCCCGCUAUAAUAUCCCACAACAUGUCUCAGGCGGCUGCCGAACCGUCCACCCAGGCUUCGAUCUCGCCCAAUGGGCCAAUUCAGAAGAUGCGCGCCGAGCCGCUCUCCACGCUGUCGCCAUCCAAGACAUUGUCGAACAACUACCACGAGGCCGUGCCCACGUAAUACACAUGCCAAGCUCGUUGUUCGCAGCCGCUACAAUCUAUGUGGUUCUGUCGCUUGCAGGCGUUGCUACCGUCAAUCUGCCUCGUAGUAUCGUGUGGCAGGAUGCCUUACUAUCCCACGCUGACCUGAACUUGGGUCCGGAGGAUAUGCGACCCCGAUCCGGCUCAGAGACAAGGCGUUUCGUUGAGAGUGAUCAUGGUGCCGAGGUGCUUGCGACCGGUGCUAAGAGAAACCUACUAUAUGAGCUCAAUUCCAUGCAGAAGCUGUUCCGUUGCUUGUCUUCGCAAUGGGGCAUUGCGCAUGAUAUGGAGGACAUUGUUGCGCAGUGGAUUCAGCUGUGUCAUUAG